GCACCCCCGCGCCCCGCCGCGCCGCUGCCCCUUCUCGCCUAUCUGCUGGCGCUGGCUGCGCCCGGCCAGGGCGCGGGCGAGACCGUGUGGCGGUCGGAGCAAGUCAUCGGAGCCAUCGCAGCGAGCCGGGCGGACGGCGUUUUCGUGGCGAGCGGCAGCUGCCUGGACCAGCUGGACUACAGCCUGGAGCACAGGCUUUCGCGCCUGUACCGGGACCAAGCGGGCAACUGCACCGAGCCGGUCUCGCUGGCGCCCCCCGCGCGGCCCCGGCCGGGGAGCAGCUUCAGCAAGCUGCUGCUGCCCUACCGCGAGGGGGCGGCCCACCUCGAGCGGCUGCUGCUCACCGGGUGGACCUUCGACAGGGGCGCCUGUGAGGUGCGCCGCCUGAGCAACCUGAGCCUCGGGGCCCUGCGCAACGGCACCGAGGUGGUGUCCUGUCACCCGCAGGGCUCGACGGCCGGGGUGGUGUACCGCUUGGACUCCAAGAACCGCUGGUACUUGGCCGUAGCCGCCACCUACGUGCUGCCGGAGCCCGAGACCGCGAACCGCUGCAACCCCGCGGCGUCCGACCGCGCCACGGCCAUCGCGCUCAAGGACACGGAGGGGCGCAGCCUGGCCACCACGGAGCUGGGCCGCCUCAAGCUGCGCGAGGGCGGGGGCAGCCUGCACUUCGUGGACGCCUUUCUGUGGAACGGCAGCGUCUAUUUCCCCUACUACCCCUACAAUUACACGAGCGGCGCCGCCACGGGCUGGCCCAGCAUGGCGCGCAUCGCGCAGAGCUACGAGGUGCUGUUCCAGGGCCAGGCAGCCCUAGACUGCGGCCACGGCCACCCCGACGGCCGCCGCCUGCUCCUCUCCUCCAGCCUGGUGGAGGCCCUGGACGUCUGGGCGGGAGUAUUCAGCGCGGCCACCGGGGAGGACCAGGAGGGGCGCUCCCAGGCCACCACCGCGCUCUGCCUCUUCAGGAUGAGUGAGAUCCAGGCGCGCGCCAAGAGCUGCAGCUGGGACUUCGAGUCGGCCGGGUCCAACUGCAAAAAAGGGGAACGGCCUGAAAGAGUCAAACCAAUCGCAUCAUCUACUGUGAUCCACUCCGACCUGACAGCUGUCUACGGCACCAUGGUCAUGAACAAGACGGUUUUGUUCCUGGGGACUGGAAACGGCCAGCUACUUAAGGUUAUUCUUGAUGAGAAUUUGAAUGCAAAUUGUCCAGAGAUUAUCUAUGAAAUUAAAGAAGAAACACCUGUUUUCUACAAACUUGUUCCCAAUAAUAUGUACAUCUACCUAACAGCUGGGAAAGAGGUGAGGAGAAUUCCGGUUGCCGAUUGCAGUAAACAUCAAACCUGCUCUGCCUGUCUAAGAGCCGAGGACCCUUAUUGCGGUUGGUGCCACUCGCAGCAAAGCUGUACUUUUAAAGAAAACUGUCUACAUUCCAAGAUCUCAGACAAUUGGCUGGAUAGUUCAUCUGGAGCUACGAGAUGCCCUCAAAUUCAGCUGAUUCGAAGAAGCAGAGAUAAGACUUUGGUGAGCGUGGUGGGGAGCUUCUCUUCACGCCGCUCGGAGUGUGUGCUGAUUAACAACGACACGGGUAGGGACCUCUGCAGUAGGAGAGAGAUUUCAAAUGGGACCUGCACCUGCAGCAUCCCGACCAGCGCAAUCCAGAGAGAUGUUUUAGUUGUCAACGCGAACUUCUCCUUCGAUACUUGGCAUUUAUCAAAAACAUUCAACUUUACCAGCUGCUCAUCAUUAAGAGAAUGCCCAGUCUGUAUUGGAACUGGCUGUGCUUGGUGUAAAAUUGCCAGGAAGUGUAUCCACCCCUUCACACAUUGUGACCCUUCCGAUUACAAGAACCACCAGGAGUACUGUCAAGUUGCUGGUGAGAAAAGGGUGUCAUCUAAGACGGCAGGAGGAGGAGGAGGAGUCAAGGAAAAUAAGAGUAACGGAACAAGCCAGGGCGCGCAGGUCUUCUACAUUAAGUCCAUUGAACCACGGAAAAUCUCGACCUUAGGAAAAAAAAAUGUGAUCGUCACGGGUGCAAACUUUUCCCACGCGUCUAACUUCGUGAUGAUCCUCAAAGGGACCAGUACUUGUGAUGAGGACGUGGUGCAGGGUGACAAAAUAAGCGACAACUGUCUGAACUUCUCUCUUCCAUCAAGCCGGAAAGAAAUGAAGGAUGUGUGCAUCCAGUUCGAUGGCGGAACCUGUUCUUCCGUGGGGACCUUGUCUUACAUUGCUCUGCCACACUGUUCCCUUAUGUUUCCUGCUGUCACCUGGAUCGGUGGUGGUCAGAAUAUAACCAUCAUGGGCAGAAAUUUUGAUGUCAUUGACAAGUUGAUCAUUUACCCUGAGUCUCUAAAGUACGAAAAUAUCUCUGAAUAUUGUACGGCAACUCACUGCACGUUCUUAGCGCCCAGUCUGAAGAACCACAAAAUGCCGACAAAUGUCACAGUGAAGCUUCGGGUGCAGGAAACCGACUUGGAAUGUGGCAGUUUGCAGUAUCUUGAGGACCCCAAAUUUACAGGGUAUCGUGUCGAAUCUGAGGUGGACAAAGAAUUGGAAGUAAAAAUUCAAAAAGAAAAUGACAACUUCAACAUUUCCAAGAAAGACAUCGAAAUUACUCUCUUCUAUGGGGAAAAUGGGCAAUUAAAUUGUAGUUUUGAAAAUAUUACUAGAAAUCAGGAUCUCACCACCAUCUUCUGCAAAAUCAUAGGUGUCGAUUCCGCACACAGCAUUGCCACCUCUUCCAAGAAAGUCCAUGUCAAGCUGGGCAACCUGGACCUGGACGUCGAGCAGGAAUCCGUCCCUUCCAUGUGGUAUUUUCUGAUUGUGCUUCCCGUCUUGCUGUUGAUUGUCAUUAUCGCCGUGGUGGUGACCAGGCACAAGUCAAAGGAGCUAAGUCGCAAACAGAGCCAGCAGCUGGAGCUCCUGGAGAGCGAGCUCCGGAAAGAGAUACGUGAUGGCUUUGCUGAGCUGCAGAUGGAUAAAUUGGAUGUGGUUGAUAGUUUUGGAACUGUUCCCUUCCUUGACUACAAACAUUUUGCUCUGAGAACUUUCUUCCCUGAGUCAGGUGGCUUCACACACAUCUUCACUGAAGAUAUGCAUAACAGAGAUGCCAGUGACAAGAACGAAAGUCUCACCGCUUUGGAUGCGCUAAUAUGUAAUAAAAGUUUCCUUGUUACCGUCAUCCACACCCUCGAAAAGCAGAAGAACUUUUCGGUGAAGGACAGGUGUCUAUUUGCCUCCUUCUUAACCAUUGCACUGCAAACCAAGCUUGUUUACCUGACCAGCAUCCUGGAGGUGCUGACCAGGGAUCUGAUGGAACAGUCCAGUAACAUGCAGCCCAAGCUCAUGCUAAGGCGUACAGAGUCUGUGGUCGAAAAACUCCUCACAAAUUGGAUGUCUGUCUGCCUGUCUGGUUUUCUUCGGGAGACGGUUGGAGAACCCUUCUAUUUGCUGGUGACGACUUUGAACCAGAAAAUUAACAAGGGUCCCGUGGACGUCAUCACUUGCAAAGCCCUGUACACCCUCAAUGAAGACUGGCUGCUGUGGCAGGUCCCGGACUUCAGCACUGUGGCAUUAAACGUCGUCUUUGAAAAAAUCCCAGAAAACGAGAGUGCAGAUGUCUGUCGGAAUAUUUCAGUCAAUGUUCUUGAUUGUGAUACCAUAGGCCAAGCCAAAGAAAAGAUUUUCCAAGCAUUCCUAAGCAAAAACGGCUCUCCUUAUGGACUUCAGCUGAAUGAAAUCGGGCUGGAGCUUCAAGUGGGUACAAGACAGAAAGAACUUCUGGAUAUUGACAGUUCUUCUGUGAUCCUUGAAGAUGGAAUAACCAAGCUAAAUACUGUCGGUCACUAUGAGAUAUCAAAUGGAUCCACUAUAAAAGUCUUUAAGAAAAUAGCGAACUUUACUUCAGAUGUGGAAUACUCGGAUGACCACUGCCAUUUGAUUUUACCAGACUCCGAAGCAUUCCAAGAUGUGCAAGGAAAGAGACAUAGAGGGAAACACAAGUUCAAAGUAAAAGAAAUGUAUCUGACAAAGCUGCUAUCAACCAAGGUGGCAAUUCACUCUGUGCUGGAAAAACUUUUUAGAAGCAUUUGGAGUUUACCUAACAACAAAGCCCCCUUUGCUAUAAAAUAUUUCUUUGACUUCUUGGAUGCCCAGGCUGAAAACAAAAAAAUCACAGAUCCUGAUGUUGUACAUAUUUGGAAAACAAACAGCCUUCCUCUUCGCUUCUGGGUAAACAUCCUAAAGAACCCUCAGUUUGUCUUUGACAUUAAGAAGACACCACACAUUGAUGGCUGUUUGUCAGUGAUUGCCCAGGCAUUCAUGGAUGCAUUUUCUCUCACAGAGCAACAACUAGGGAAGGAAGCACCAACUAAUAAACUUCUCUAUGCCAAGGAUAUCCCAACCUACAAAGAGGAAGUAAAAUCUUAUUACAAAGCAAUCAGGGACUUGCCUCCAUUGUCAUCUUCAGAAAUGGAAGAAUUCUUAACUCAGGAAUCUAAGAAACACGAAAAUGAAUUUAAUGAAGAAGUGGCCUUGACGGAAAUCUACAAAUACAUCGUAAAAUAUUUUGAUGAGAUUCUAAAUAAACUAGAAAGAGAACGAGGGCUGGAAGAAGCUCAGAAACAACUCUUGCAUGUAAAAGUGUUAUUUGAUGAAAAGAAGAAAUGCAAGUGGAUGUGAGCACUCUGGGGCCUGGCUUAAUCUGGCAAAGUUCUUCAGACGACUUGGGAGCAAAAUGGCUACUUGAGCUAUUCUUUGUCGUUAGUUUUUAAGUUUGCACAUAGGUUCCACUCUGAGCACUGUCUUUUGAAGAGACCAAGGCACAUGCACAGCUUUCAGAAAGCAUCCCAACCAUGGUGCCUGUGUAUACUGUGGGAACCAUUCUGUAAAUAGCUGACGUGGUUGUUGCAAACAGCCUCCUUGUUUACAGAGAAUACAGGGCCAGUAAUCAAGUGUCAGUAUUGUAACUACAGUCUCCACUUAAGCACAAUGAUGUAAGUGGUUUUGUUUGAAAAGCUAUGUAACACUUAUGACUACACUGUACCAUUGCAGACAAGGACACUGCCAAUGAUCAAGAAAAAAAAAGGUGAAAUGAGUCAUUUGGAAACAAGGUGGGGGUGUUAGGGCAACCUCGAGGAUUUGCAACAUCGAAACUUUCCCCAGUAGUUCUUGGAAAAGCUGACGCAGAAUUUGGUAGUGUGUACACUUAGCAUUUGUGAGUGUGUGUGUUUUUAAACCAAAAACUAACAGUGUUGCAACAUUGUUGAAAGGGCUCGUGUUUUUCAGUGGUCAUCAACUGCACCUCCAUCUCACUAAGGAGCUCUAAAGCAAGGAGAGGGAGUGGGCAAUAUUUACCCAUAAUCUUUGUCCUAAUGUCUGUCCCUUUUUAUUCACUUUACUUUUUCAUGAAUAGUGGAUGUGUUAGGUUUUGUUGAAAAAAGAAAAAUUGUUUUAAAAACUUUGGUCACAAUUACCUGGUAGAGUAACUCAUUCCCUAAAUCCUACACUUGUAUGGUAGAAUCUCCUUGCUUUAGAUUUCUGGUGAAACCUGUGGUUAUAAAUACUUGUGAUUUUAAGAAAAGAUACAUUUUACAUUUCAUGAAAUUGCUGUUCACACUGGAGUAUUAUAUAUGAACAUAUAUAUAUUUGAGGCCUGAGGCCUGAAAAAAUAUUAGUAUACAACUUGGUAUCUUAGUCUUACUAUGUACUUUUUGAAAGUAUUCCUUGCAGGAGAAUUAAAAAUACCCAUUUUAUUCAUGCCUUUCUUUUUAAAGAAAUCUCUAUCCAGUUAUACUGUAGUCUUUUUAUUGCUGAUUUUUUAUUCCUGAAUUUUUGCUGCUCAUGACCAGUUUUAAUACCACUGUGUUUUCCUUCUUAAAUCAGAAGUAAAAAAUAUAAUUGGCAACUCUCAAACUUUCCUCGUGGCACCUUCUACCCUUGGUGCUCCAAUUAUCAAAAAAGACACGGAUCACACUUUCCUUGAAAUCAUUUACAAACACUGUAUGGGAUAUCAGGAUUUAAAUGCAAUUCUUUUUCUUCCUCAACAUGUGGUGGAGAAGUGACACCUCACCAAACUGAUUAGAGAAGUAAGCAAUUAAACAUCGACAGGCACCUUUUUCCUACUCCCACCGCUUCAACCAUUGUCCAAUGGACACACCUCAAAAAUACUACCAAAAAGGUUACUUACAAUU